CAACUGUCUUGUUUCUAGAUUGAAAUGACACAAAAGCUUUUUUUUUUUCUUUUUCUUUUUUUCUUUAUAAAGAAUGACAGCUUCUGAUGCCAUGGAUCUAGAACCAAACCAUCGAGUACUCAGCAUACAAUCUCAUACUGUAAAUACAUAAUGUGUUGUUUCGAUGAACUCAUACUUUUCUUUUUUUUGAUAGGUCUCUGGCUAUUGUGGCAAUAAAGCAGCUGUAUUUCCUCUUCAAACACUUGGUUUCGAAGUGGACAUUUUGAAUACAGUUCAAUUUUCAAACCAUACAGGCUAUCCUUCUUGGACUGGCAAUCGAUAUAGUGCACAAGAUGUCCAAGACUUGUUGGAUGGUUUAGAAAAGAAUGAACUUAUGGAUGACUAUACCCAUCUCUUGACUGGCUAUAUUGGUAAUUAUGCUAUUCUAGAAAAGAUAGAGCAUUUAGUUCAAAAACUAAAAGCAAAGCAUCCUGAUUUACUCUAUGUAUGCGACACCGUGAUGGGUGACUGUGGUCAACUGUAUGUUUCCUCUGAAAUUGUACCUUUGUAUCGAAGCAUUAUGAAAUGGGCUGAUGUAGUCACGCCCAAUCAGUUUGAAGCUGAGACAUUGACAGAGACCGAUAUCCAUGGUCUAGAAGAUGCAUGCCUUGUAGCUAGUAAACUACAUCAACUAGGAUCUCCUUUUGUGGUCAUCACUUCUCUGUCUUUACCCUUAACAGAUGUGCCUCCAGAAAUCCAAACUGAGUCAAGUACAGAUCAAUCCCUUUACUGUCUAACCAGCCAAGUCUUGUCGAAUGGCACCUUGGAUCAACACUUGAUUUCAUUUCCUACCUAUCAAGGUUAUUUUACAGGUACAGGUGACUUGUUUUCUGCCUUGACAGUUGCACGACUACAAGAAUCGUUAGAUCAAAAGACAUCUUGGAUUGAAGCGAUUGAACGUGUUAUCUGUAGUGUGAAUGCCAUCACCAAAAAGACAUGGCUUUAUCAACAAGCAUUGGCUGUGAAUACAAAGCCAAGUACAGCCAAAUCAGUCCGUCAAUGUGAAUUAAGAUUGAUUCAAGGAAGAAACGAAAUAGAACAUCCCGAGCUGUAUUUAAAUGUGAUGAAGCGUAUGCAUGUCUCAAAAUAAAAUUUCUCUUUUUUUUUUUUU